AUGAGUAACGACAAUGUUGAAGGACAAAAUAGGGAAACGAUUAAGGAGUUAUAUGAUGAGGUUGACGAAGAGCGGAACGCUGCUUCCACAGCUGCGAACGAGGUAAUGUCUAUGAUACCGAGGUUGCAGAGGGACGAGACUGAGACUAAAAUGGAACUGAGACGGGUUAAGCGUUGUGCUAAGGAGAAGAUGGAGCAUGAUCAGGAUCAGCUUUUGGCUCUGGAAGAUAUGGUUUAUAAGAGGGAGCAGACUAUUCAGGUUCUCACUUGUGAAGCUCAAGCUUACAAGCAUAGAACGAUGAGUUACGGGUUCACUGAGUCUGAGACUUGCUCGAUCGAGAUCAAUCUAGUUUUGAUUCUUGGAUUUUCCAAAAGCAAAGAACUAAUUCUACAUCACAAACAACUAAACCAAGCUUAUAUAUGUUAUCAAUGUGAAUUAUAUAGGUGGGAUAACCGUUCGAAAGCUGUUCUUGAUAAUAUAAAGAGUUUUGAAGCUGAUUUCAUCUGUCUACAGGAAGUAGAGGAGUACGAUAGCUUUUUCAAGAGAAUUAUGGGUGCUCAAGGCUACUCUGGGAUUUAUAUUCAGAAAGGAGAAGACCAUAAAAGAGAUGGCGUUGCAAUAUUUUACAAGCCCAAACUGGCAGAGUUUCUUGAUGAAGAAUUCAUUGCACUCAACGAUCGUGGUCACCCUGAAAGUACCAGAGGCGGCCAAAGACUAAAAUGUGAUAGCGUAGCAAUACUGGCAGCUUUCAAGAUCUCAAAGCCAUUUAAUCAUAUUGUUAUCAUUGCAAAUGCUCAUCUAAAAUCAGGGGAACCUGAUUUAUGGGGUGAUGUGAGGCUAGCUCAAACCGAUACUUUAAUGUUAUUUUUAGCCUUCUUCUGGAGGAGGGUUUCGGGCAUAUACGAGUGCAAUCCAUCAGUGAUCCUUGCCGGUGACUUCAACUCAAACCCUUCGAGUGAGGUGUAUGGAUACCUAAAUUCGAAAACUAUAGCGUUGACGAUGUCGCCUUUCGGGGAGGACCACGACAAAGAAAAUCAAGCUGAUUUUAAACUGCGAAGUGUGUAUGGACUCACGAAAAGAGAACCAAGGUUUACAAAAUAUGCGCCAGGUUCAGCUGAAACAAUGGAUUACGUGUUCUUCAAGCCUUCUGAAUUUACUUCACCUGUGAAGCUCCUGGAGUUACCAGAGGUUGUCGAUUUCUUACCAAGUGAAGGCCAUCCGAGUGAUCAUUUACCCAUAGGAGUUGAGUUUGAGAUCAAGCAAUCGAAAACUACGAAAUGAUAAUGCAGAUAACAUUAACAGAAAAACAUUUGGGUGAUAUUUUAUAUUUGAAUUGGAAUAGUUAAGGCAUUUAUUAUAUAUUUUUAAUCAUAAAUCUUUUUUGGACAAUUUAAUUAUAUAUAAUCUAUGUAUCA